CCUACCCUUCGCAGCCGCAUCCCGCCACCUCCUCCCCCUCCGGCGAGAGCCCGCGCCGCCGCCGCCGCCGCCGCCGCCGCCAUGUCGCUGAUCGCGGGGGAGGAUUUCCAGCACAUCCUGCGUCUGCUGAACACCAACGUGGAUGGGAAGCAGAAGAUCAUGUUUGCGCUCACCUCCAUCAAGGGUAUCGGCCGCCGCUUCUCCAACAUCGCCUGCAAGAAGGCCGACAUCGACAUGAACAAGCGGGCUGGUGAGCUCUCUCCUGAGGAGCUUGAGCGCCUCAUGACUGUGGUGGCCAACCCCCGCCAGUUUAAGGUUCCUGAUUGGUUCCUGAACAGGAAGAAGGAUUAUAAGGAUGGUAGAUUUUCCCAGGUUGUCUCUAACGCCCUUGACAUGAAGCUCAGGGAUGAUCUUGAGAGGCUGAAGAAGAUCAGGAACCACCGUGGUCUCCGUCAUUACUGGGGUCUCCGUGUCCGUGGUCAGCACACCAAGACUACUGGCAGGAGGGGCAAGACUGUCGGUGUCUCCAAGAAGAGAUAAAUCCCAUGCCCAUCAGCAAAUGCAUAUUGCUCAUCAUGUGAGCGUUUUAAUGAUGCCAGUCUUGAUAGGCAGUUUUGUUGGAUACUUUUUGUCUAUGAUAGAUCGCGCGUGGCAGAAUUCUCAAGCAUCAAAUAUUGUAACCUGGUUGGCUGUUCGGUACUGCAAACUAUGAAGCCUAAUUUUUCUUGGAUGUUUUUCUGGUUUAUGUUAUGCUUCCAUGUCUUACUUAUUUGCCAAGGUACUGUUUGUUGGCAUUUACUUGUGUAAUGCUUUUGCA